AGACUAUGUUCAGCGGGCAGUCGUGUAGCGACCACCUGGCAUUUGUCCGGAUUUACCAAACCUGGAAGGAGGUGCUUAGUACAAGGAACAACGCCGCUCGGGAUGACUUUGCAGAAGAUAAUGUGCUCUCCAAAUCUGCGCUGCGCUUCAUCCAAGGCCUUGUCGCACAGUUUUCCUCCAACGUGCAAGACGCCGCCCUGGUGGAUGAAGCAUAUGAAUGCAUGAACCGAUCCGCCCUGUGCAACCAGCUGAGCGACCAGGACGAGCUGGUGAAAGGGAUUCUACUGGCCGGGCUGUACCCCAAACUUAUACAGGUGAGACGAGGGUACGUGAUCCGCGGGAAGUUCCGGCCCAGUAGCCUCCUGUACAAAACCAAAUCGGGACCCGUGCAGUUGCACAAGAGCACUGUCAACAGGGACGUGAAGAAUUUCGGAAUGCCCUGGCUCACCUACUUCCAGGCCGUCAAGUCUUCCAAUGUGGUCUUCGUACGGGACAGCGCCAUGGUUCACCCCCUGGCUGUUCUCUUGCUGACUGACAGCUCUGUCUCUAUGAGAGAUAACGGAGAACAGAUGGUGGUGUCUCUUUCUGAUACGGAUCUCCUGAAGCUGGAGAGUGACCCCCGCACUAUCGCACUCAUCGGAGACCUGCGCUGCGCCUUGUCCCGGAUGGUGGAGCGCAACCUGCAGGAUCAGCUCCCUCCGCUGUCCUUCCAGGAAGAGGGGCAAUAUACUGAGCUGCUGCAUAUCCUGGUAGAUCUGCUGAACGGCACAGCGCACUGCUUUACGGAGCAGGAGGCGGCGGCCGAGGAGUGAGACCACGCAGCGCCCGACAGAACACUUAUUCCUGUGGAAGGUUAUUUGGCUCCUGGUUUUCGGGGAGUGAUGUGGGAUGAGGAUUCCUUUCAUUGCUCUGCGUUUUAAGCAGGGUUUGGGGGGGUUUAUUCUAUAUAUAUAUGCACAAAGUGCCCGGUUGGCCUCGUAUUUCUUCAGGUUCCGUAUU